AAUCGCGGUAUUGGACGCGCCAUCUGCGAAGUGAUUCUAUCACGAAAGGACCCUGGGCCUCUAACAUUAUUCGCAACUUCACGAAAAGGAGAAGACCUAGCCUUCAACAGCUCACGCAGCGACCUAAAAGUCGUUUAUCCCAAACUGGACAUUUCAUGUCAAGACAGUAUACACGCCUUCAAAGACAUCAUCAAGAGUCACACCGAUACUAUUGAUGUCUUGAUCAACAACGGAGGUAUCAAUGUCGACCGACAAUACAACUUGGAAAAUGCCAAAAAGACACUGGAUGUCAACUAUCGAGGCACAUUGCAGAUGUGCCAAUUUUUCCUCCCACAUCUUGCGAAGACAGGUCGAAUCGUCAACUUAGCAUCCAUCGCAUCUAAUUUGAAGAUCUACAGUCCCGAAAUCCAAGCUCGCUUCAGAGAAGCCAAAACUUUGGGUGAUCUCGAGCAAAUAGCACAGGACUAUCUGACCGCGGUCCGAGAUGGAACCGAAGAAUCAUCUGGCUUCGGCGCGACAGGAAGAUCAUAUUGCGUGAGCAAAGCACUCGUGCGCGCAUUCACCAAAAUUCUUUCCCGCCAUCAUCAACAAGGUCUCAUCAACUGCUGUUGUCCCGGCUGGGUAUCGACAGAUAUGGGAGUGAUUGUUGGAAAGAGACCUCCAAAGACUCCAGAACAAGGCGCUAUGAUCCCGGUUCAUCUCGCUUUCGAUGACAUUGGCGAUGUUACGGGAGAAUAUUUUGCCAAUGACAGUGUUCGAUCGAAAGGGUUGGGGAAAGUGCAGGCGUUCUGA